CACAACUUAAAAUAUUGAAAAAAAUGGAGAAUCAAAGCAAAAGCUGCCUUCAGAAAGAUACGACGUCGGCGGCCAAAUUAGACGUCGAAACUGGAAGCCUCCGGCAGAGAGAUGAAACGAAGCCGUUUUAUGCAAACUCACUGACGCCACGUGAGAUGGAAUCUCUAGUUGCGAUCUGCGAUACCUUCAUAUCCUCCAUCGACGGCUCUGGAGUAGGACACGUGGAUGAUUGCGUCGCUGGAUAUUUCUCCGCCUCCGCUUCUCAGACCGGAACUCCUGACCGCGCGGCGAGGUUGAUGAGUGAGAGACUUCACCACCCAAAGAAGUGGAUACUAAGAGCUGGAUUGUGGUUACUCUCUACUUGGAUCGGAAGUCUAAUCUUGUGUGGUCGGAGAAGUUUCACCGGCGAGUUUCCUUACUUCCGGAGAUUCUGCCGGCUUCCGGAGAAACAGAGAGAAGAGAUAUUGCUGAAUUGGUCUUCAAGCUAUUUCUCACUCCUUAGAAUGUUCUUUAGGUCCAUCAAACUUAUCACUGCCUUUGUCUUCUUCACUCAGGUUGAUGAAAACGGUAGGAACUUGGCGUGGAAAGCAAUAGGUUACGAUGGACCCAGCUCUGAUCAUAGUGAUCAUGAAGUAGAACUAAAUGAGAAGAAGAAGAAGAAACCUGAGGAGAUCUUUGGACCACUUUACAAUGGCAUCAUCGAUCUCAAAAGCCCUAGAGAAUCCGUGGAAAAGAAGUUAACCGGUCAUGGAUUCACAGUUUCAACUCAAAAGAGGAUCACAAACGGAUCAUCUAUCUCUGAUCCGGUGAUGACAAUCCGGUGUGAUGCUGUGGUGGUUGGGUCUGGAUCCGGUGGAGGAGUAGUGGCUGGAGUUUUAGCCAAGGCGGGUUAUAAAGUAUUGGUGGUGGAGUCAGGGAAUUACUAUGCAAGAAGCAAACUUUCUUUACUUGAAGGGCAAGCAAUGGAUGAUAUGUACUUAUCCGGUGGGUUAUUAGCAACGUCUGACACGAACGUAGUGAUUCUUGCGGGGUCCACGGUCGGAGGUGGUUCGACAAUCAAUUGGUCCGCCUCGAUCAAGACACCGGAACAUGUGAUGAAGGAAUGGGCAGAAAAGUCAAAACUCGAAAUGUUCGGAAGUGAUUUGUAUCGAGAGGCAAUGGAUGUUGUCUGUGAGAAAAUGGGUGUUCAAUGCGGAUUUGUAGAAGAAGGGUUUAAUAAUGAGAUAUUGAGAAAGGGUUGUGAAGAGUUAGGGUUACCAGUGAAGAAUAUUCCGAGGAAUGCUCCAUCCGAUCAUUACUGUGGGUUUUGUUGCUUGGGAUGCAAGAAAGGUCAAAAGCAAGGGACUUCAGAGACUUGGCUUGUAGAUUUGGUGGAAUCUGGUAACGGUUUAAUCCUUCCAGGUUGUGAAGCGAUGGAAGUCUUGUACGACUGUGGAAAGGGGAAGAAGAAGAAGGCGACUGGAGUUGCGUUUGCGUUUGGGGAAGAGAUUUAUGUGGUUGAGUCUAAAGCGACGGUAGUGGCUUGCGGUGCGCUUAGAACGCCGCAUCUGUUGAAACGGAGCGGUUUGAAGAAUGGUAACAUUGGGAGAAACCUUUGUCUACAUCCGGUUGUUAUGGCUUGGGGAUGGUUUCCAGAGGAAGAUAAAUGGCCGGAAAAGAAGAAAAAGAGCUACGAAGGAGGAAUAAUGACCGCGAUGUCUAGCGUUGUAAAUGCAGAAACGCAUAGUUCUUAUGGUGAAAUGGUAAUCCAGACACCUGCUCUACAUCCAGGAAUGUUCUCAGGGAUCAUUCCUUGGACAUCAAGCAAGGAUUUCAAAACCCGAAUGCUCAAAUUUUCAAGAACCGCACACAUUUUUGCGCUUCUGAGAGAUAAAGGAACCGGAACAAUAAAUUCCAAGAGCUACAUUGACUACAACUUAAACGAUGAAGACGAAGAGAGUCUAAAGAAUGGUCUUGAUAGAGUCUUGAAGAUUCUGGCAGCAGCCGGAGCUGAGGAGAUUGGGACGCAUAAUUCAGAAGGUAAGAGUUUGAACGUUAGAACAGCGAGUGCGUUAGAUUUUGAGCGGUUUGUGAGAGAAGAAAGUUCAAAGCCGUUGAAGGAUUUGUCAGGUCAGAUAUGUUCAGCUCACCAAAUGGGAAGUUGUAGGAUGGGAAUUAGGCCGGAGGAAUCCGCGGUGAGGCCAACAGGAGAGACUUGGGAGGUCGAAGGGUUAUUUGUGGCGGACACAAGUGUUUUUCCGACGGCUUUAGGGGUUAAUCCGAUGGUCACCGUUCAGUCUAUUGCUUAUCGUAUUGGACUUAAUGUUGUUGAUGUUCUUAAGAGGAAGAAAUGAGGUCUCAUCUGUUCUGAAUAGAAUUUAGUUUUAUUU